AGCAGCCGCUCACUGCAGCAGCCAAGGUGCUCGUCGGACGCGCUGACGUCACCAAAUCUUUGACAGCACUUCCUGGAUGGUGUUUGUUGUGGGAAAUAGCCGCGGAGGCGCUGAAUCGUGGAUUUAGGCCACAUAAGCGGCAGGAAAGACGGCACCGACUGCCACGAUAUCGCACCUCCAGGCAUGCGGACGCGGCACCUUCCAAGCAGUGUCCGAUAAACGCGAAGCAGAGACGGGCUGAGGCUGAAAUUAGGACGAGGUGGAAAUACUGUCGGACAGCCCUCAGAGCAAAGCCCCCCGACAGCACGGAGCUGUCGCGAUGUUGUAACUAGACCAUGGACAGCAGGAUAAAGGAGAAUCCAGAAAGAACAUUUGAUCUGGUUGUACAGGUGGCGUGUCCAACAUCUGAAAAUGAGGAUCCAACCGUGCUGUGGAGCUUCCCCCAGGACCACACAGACCAGGAGGUCCUUCAGACGAUACCAAAGUUCUGCUUUCCCUUUGACGUGGAAAGGGUCUCCCAGAGUCAGGUGGGGCAGAAUUUCACCUUUGUGCUGACGGACAUCGACAGCAAGCAGAGGUUUGGUUUCUGCCGACUCACCCAAGGCUGCCGGGUCUGCAUAUGUCUGCUCAGUUACCUACCCUGGUUUGAAAUCUACUACAAGCUUCUAAAUACCCUGGCAGACUACUUAUCGAAACAACAGAAAAACGACUUGAACGACGUGCUGAACUCCCUCUAUGACCUGCCUGUGCCAAAGCCCUUCACGCCCGUCAACCUGAGUGUGAAUGAGCAGUUGUAUAUUGCCACUGGGCAAGUACUGAGAGAUCGGCGAAGCAAGGAGCCGCACUCCUACUUCAUCGCCCCGGAUAUCAAUGGACUGCCAACUAUCCCUGAGAGUAGAAACCUGACCGAGUACUUUGUGGCCGUGGACAUCAACAACAUGCUCCAGCUCUACGCCAGCAUGCUGCACGAACGCCGCAUCAUCAUUACCUCAAGCAAGCUUAGCACUUUAACGGCGUGUGUCCACGGCGCCGCCGCUUUGCUCUUUCCCAUGUACUGGCAGCACAUCUUCAUCCCUGUGCUGCCCCCGCAUCUUCUGGACUACUGCUGCGCCCCUAUGCCGUACUUUGUGGGAGUUCAUCUCAGUCUGCUCGAGAGAGUGCGCAGUCGAUCGCUGGAGGACGUGGUCAUCCUGAACGUGGAUACAAACACCCUGGAGAGCCCUUUCGACGACCUGCACAACCUCCCGAGUGACGUGGUGUCCUCGCUGAAGAGCAAGCUGAAGAAGCAGUCGACAGCGACGGGAAGUGGUGUGGCGAGGGCCUUCCUGAGAGCGCAGGCCGCUCUGUUUGGAUCCUACAGAGACGCUCUCAGAUAUAAACCUGGAGAGCCAAUCACGUUCUGUGAAGAAAGCUUCGUGAGCCAUCGUUCGAGCACCAUGAAGAACUUCCUGUCCAUGGCUGUCAACCUGCAGCUCUUCAAACAGUUCAUCGACGGACGGCUGGCCAAAUUGAACGCAGGCCGUGGCUUCACUGACGUGUUUGAAGAAGAGAUCACAGAGGGGGGCUUCUGUGGAAGUAAUUCUCGGUCUUACCAGCAGUGGAUGCACACCGUAAAGAGAGGAGGAGCGCUCUUCAACACAGCCGUGUCAAAGGCCAAGGUUCAUGCUAAGAAGGGGAUCCGGGACUUUAGGGGCAUACUUAAAGCAAGGGACGAUGAAGAGGAGGGGAUCGUGGUCUAUCCAGGAUCUCCAACCAGUACCAAGAGCCUGUCUCCAAGGAGACUGCAGAAGAUGAGACGGCAUAACUUCAGCAAGUCUCCCAUGAGCAUGGGCCCUCGAGAGCUGGGCUAUGGGCUUGAUGAUGAGGAGCUGGACAAUGCAAGCAAGGUCUCCUCAGAGGACAGCGGCGACGUGCCGUCCUACAACGAGGACAGCGAUGACUCGUACUCUCUCGAUCUGGACAUCGACUCCUCUCAGUCGGGCCAGAUGAACCUUCUGGAAGAAAUCCUGGAUUCUCUGACGACCACGACGAUGGACCAAGGAAGACUCAGUGCCGCCAAGAGUCUGGACUUCUUCUUGUCCGUGGAUGAUUUAGACUACAAAGCCCCGACCAAGCCCACGCCCUGCAGCGAGUCCAGACCUGCAGAUGAGAGCAGCUGUAGUGGAGGCGGCGAUCAAAGCGGGUGGAAUACGGGUCAGGAUGACACUGUGGUCCACGGGAAACACCUUCCACCGUCCCCACGCAGGCAGCCCACCAAGAGCAGCCUGAAGAUGUCAAACAAAUCCGCAGCAGUCCCUGCGGCGCCCGCUGCUAGCCCACCAGUCCAGAGCGCCAACGUCUCAGUGCCGAAUCCUCAUCAGUCCGACCCCGACCCGCUGCCUACAGCGUGGAAACCGGGAGAUUGUUUCUCUUACUCGCCAACGCUGUCCCAUCGAGUCGCACCUCUGCGGUCGUCCCCCACUCUCGCACAAACCUACAGUUCCUCAGCAUCUGCUUCUGACCCAAGCUGCUCUCCUGCACCGGGGGUGCGGGCGCGGACCAUCUCGGACCCUCAAAGCGGCUCGGAGCCUCAGCAGGCCAAGAACCAGACUGCCUCGACCUACGUGCUCAGGAGGAAGGUCAUGUCCAAGGAGACGACGAGGCAGUACCAGCAGAAGGCCCUCCAGAGGCGGGAGAGCAAAGAGGGCAUGGGGAGCCCGUCGAGGACCAGCCAUUCAGCCGUGCAGGUCCCCUGGGAGAAGGAGAUGUCCAAAGAGGGGCUCCUCGGGCUCGGCCUGUGUUUGGGUCAGGGUAAAGGCUCGGGGGCCCCCGCGGCGCAGGAUCAAGGCCUCCUGGAGGAGAUCAACUCCACGUGUUGCCUCGGCGCGGUCCUCCACACCAGCCUGCAGCUCUCGCAAGUUAACAACAGUCACCACCAGGUGCAGGGCAAAGCUGCAGACGACUCCUGAGUCUGUAAAACGCAGCAGGUUUACUCUUCUUUUACGAUUAGCAGCUAUCUGCAACAAAACGAUUCUUUUUCCCUUUGUUUUUAAUCUCGACACUCGGCUCCGAGCAUACGUCCAAACCUGCCAACACAAACAAAAAGCCACCGAGUGAGGAGCAGGAAGAGGACGCGGUGCGCCACAGAGAUCUCCCUCCAUGAGCCGUCUGCAUAUUUUAAAACCUGAUUUAUAGCGAUUGGAAAAAAACAAAUCAACUAAACGUCGUCGGCUCUUUCCUCUGGAAUCGGAUGCAAGUGCAGCGUCUCGUGAACUGUGAUCCAAAACCACAGACCACAGCCGAACUGUUACCAUCCUCGUUUAACCUGCUUCACCAGUUCAUGACUUGUUUAAAAAAGUACAACUGCAAACAAAAGUUACUUCAGCAGACGGAGAUUUUCAGUAUUUCUUUCUAAUGAUCUUUAAUAACGUUUUGUGUCGUCUAGUAUUUUUCACGUUCACCCCAAACGAUGCACUAAACGCAUUUUCGAUAAAGUCGCGGCAAAUUCAUCAUUUCACAUGAUGAAUUUGCACAUGUGGAUUAACAGCUGAUGAUUCCUACCAGGUACUAAAGUCUUUAGCAAAAAAGCAGGUGAGGCGGGCCUUUUGACUCGCCGUACGCUGCGUGACAUGUCUGCCUUACACGGACAUGUGAUUUCUUUUUUAAACUCUGGUGUCUUAAUCUACAGAUGCCACAGCAGGUACUUUGUAAUCAGAAUCACUGCGACGCUCAGAUCCUUUGUCGAUUUAAUAGAAUAAUGAAUGAUACAUGAUGUGCUUUAAGCUGCUGUCAGUCGCGUCCACAGUGAUGUCCAAAUCUCCUCAGGACACUUUGUUUUCUCCACACUGAAGAGACCCCAGUCAAAGGUCAAAGCCAGUAUCCCUGCUCCAGGCUUCUCCCCCAUCACGACUCUCACUUUGACCUCAAAAUUACGGCCAGUUGUUGCCGAUUUCAUGAAGUUUUAUGCGGGUGAAUAAAGGUGAACUUUCUAGGAGGUGCUCUAUAUUUUUACGAUGAACAAAUCCCCUGAAAAGACCAAAACUAUCAGGCUUUGUGCGUCUCGCCACUAUCAGACUCCUGUGUUCAGUCUUUGGCUGGUUUUUGGUCUUUUCACAGUAUUUGCUGACGUGUCUUUCUUCGCCUUUCUCACACCAGGGAAUAACGGUCUGUGCGUGGGUCGGAGUCACGCUGCACUAUAAUGCAGCGGUUGAUGAUUGUACUGUAAUGAAGCAAUAUAGUUCUCAGAGUAGCCACAUGGAUGUAAUGUGCACAGAGUCUGAAGCAUUCCUGUAACAGACUCUCCUGUGGAGAGAAACGCCGCGUCCAGCCCUCGCGGCUUCCCGUCAUUCACUGCGUCACCGCAAACCCAGAGAGAAGCAGAGCGCUUUUCUUCUUCUUUUCGGGAAUAUUACAUUUAUGGUUCGUUGUUCUUAUGAUUUAUGCCAGACGCCAGUCGGUGUGACGGUUUAAUAGCAGCCAUUUCUCCACUUUCUGAGAGCUGCUCUGCGUUAACGAUUUGCUCAUAAAAUCACUGGCGUGCUUCUAAAAGCCCAAGAAUCGGUUAGCGAAUCCAAAACGGAGGAAAAAAGCCAAACAGACUCCAGAAGCGUUUGUGUGCUGCCCUCUGUGCUCUGUAAACAUUAAGAAAAUACUUCUGUACUAUGCAAACAUGCCAAAUACUAAAGUUUCUCUGAGAGUGAUUCGAUUUUACUUUCGUAUAAAGUCACGAUUGGACUGCUUUCUGCCCCCGAACGAAUAAACAACCACAUUUAAAGAGCAAGCUGGUCCGUGUGCUGUGCCUUACGCAGGUACGCUGUAGGAAGCUGGGCUGUGCGUGUUUCUGACCACCGCCCGGACCUGAGAAACGAACCUGACACGAACUCGCGUUGUUUUCGUUGGUCGUUGGGUUUCGGCUGCGCUCAGCUGGUUCCGCUCAGUGUUUUUAGGGUUUCUUUGCUGCGGUGGUCGCUGGGAAUCUUCCCGCUCGUGUUUAAGAGAAGAUCUCGGGGUUACUUUAUCCUUUUGUAAAUGAGGUACUUUUCCUUUGGUUGUUAGCGGAUUCCUUAUGUUGUGUGUGCUCUUUUUUUUAAAAUAAAAAACUUGUGCUGAGCUUAUUCUGUAUUUAAAAAAAGAACAAUUCUCAGAGGAGUUGAUUUCAUAAUGAAAAAGUUAUUUUCAGCUGAAUAGACGUAUUUUUGCUGGCUUGAGUAUAUUUUACAUGGAUAAUAUAUGAUCGGUGUUGUAUCUUGUAAAAACAAAUUCUAUCUAAUAUUUGAAUGUUUUAGAUUUUAUUUUUGGAGGAAAAAAGAGAUAUUGACAAAUGUCCCAUGUAGCCGUUCACAUUCAGAGGGACGUACUGACUCCUGCUCGUACACAGUAAACACGGCUGUGGCCGCGUGGACGCGCUGCUUGUGCUUUCUGUUGCUUUCAUUUCGGUAUUUCGCGCCUCCGUCGCCAUCAAACUGAGAAUGGUGGACGCGAACAUCCGGUCUCGUGUGUUACGCUUACGUCGCGUGUUGGAGUGAAAUGUAACAUUUCGUGUAAAAUGUAACAAACAAAACUAGCUACUGUAGAUCUAACGGCGGAGGGGUGAGAGGGAAUGUUCGAGUGUCCAGCUGCUGUUGUGAAGAUCAUUUGAGAAGCUUUACACUAAAACAAAGAACCCCGAGCGUGUCUGACUCUGUAAACGGGACUCGGGUUGUCCUGAAAGCGUGUAUUUGCAGUGAGUGGGAGGUGGUGGAUUAUGUAGCAUCUUUUACUGAGUGUGGGUUCAUGCACAGGUUCUUCUUUACAAAGAUGACGAUGUCACGACUUUUACACUGAAUGUUACAGUCGGCAAUUAAAAAUAUAUAUAUUUCCCCCUCCCCCUGUCUGGGAAUCGUAAUGACGAUCAGCUCUUCGAUGAGGCAUUUAUUGAUUUUCCUGAUACUGUGCACACUUGCAUGUUCCCACUGCAGAGGAAACAACUGUCUUAAGUAACUGAGGUCAGUCUAAUGUGCUAUUGAUGAGUAACCUGGUACAAAUGCACACCAUGUAUGCACUGUGAACUGAAAAUAAAUGAUACUGUUUGAUGCUUCUGCA